AUGUUUAACCCUUCCACCUUGAUUACAGCUUAUAGACUCGCUAGAAUCCAAGAAGAAAAAGUAACCCUCCAUAAAAAGCCAAACACUCGACCUAUAUUUUCCCCAUACACUGAACCACCAACCAUUAAACACCAUCCACCACAGAAUCCUUCAACCUCAGAACCAAACCAUUCCUACAACAAGGCUGUCGUACCUGUUCAUAAGAUCAGCCCAAACCAAAUGAAAAUGAGAAGAGAGAAGGGAUUGUGCUAUCAUUGUGAGUCUAAAUGGCAUCCUGGCCAUCGGUGUAAUAGCCCUAAGCUGUAUUUGAUUGAAGAAGUUGUUGAGGAAAGUGAGGAUUGUGGGGAAGACACUAGACAGCUUGCUGACCAGAUUGAAGAACCAGACUCUAAGGUGGAAAAGACCUUACAAAACCCUCCAGAAAUUUCCUUACAUGCUCUGAUUGGGUCUGUGGGUCCUAAGACCAUGCAAGUCAAAGGGAGGAUUGGCAACCAGUGGGUUAUUAUACUCAUUGAUUUAGGAAGUACCCAUAACUUCCUGGAUCCAGAUGUGAUUUCUCGGGUUCCUCUACCCAUAGUAGCAAAUGAUACGGUUCGAGUUAAAGUAGCAAAUGGGGAGUUAGUGGACAGCGAGGGAAAAGUCAAAGGAGUGCAUGUGGGUAUUCAAUGGGCGAUGUUUGUACUGGAUAUGUAUGUCCUAGUGCUUGUUGGUUGUGACAUGGUCCUUGGAGUGCAUUGGUUGCAAGGACUGGGGCCAAUACUUUGGAACUUUAAGGAAUUAACUAUGCAGUUUAAUUACCAUCAGUCUGCAGUGUUAUUAAAGGGGCUCACGAGUCAAACAUGGAUUGAGGAAGGCCCCAUACACAAGUGCAACAGCUUGGAAAAGAAAGGGGUAAUGUUACAGUUUAUUGAAAGCCUACCCAAUACCACACCCAGCCCAAUCCCACCAAACAUACAACACCAACUCAACCAAUACCCAGAUAUUUUUGCAACCCCAAAAGGCCUUCCCCCCACCCGUUCCCAUGACCAUACCAUCACAUUACAGCCAGGUACCAAUCCCAUUUCAGUACGACUCUAUCAAUACCCCUACUUUCAGAAGGAUGAAAUUGAGAAGAUUGUGAAGGAGUUGCUGGAAUCGGGAGUGAUUCGACUCAGCCAAAGCCCUUAUUCCUCUCAUGUUUUGUUGGUGAGGAAGACAGAUAGCACGUGGCGACUGUGUGUUAAUUAUAGAGCUUUGAACAGCGCUACAGUUAAGGAUAGAUAUCCUAUACCUGUAGUAGAGGAACUGUUGGAUGAGUUACAUGGAGCCAAGAUUUUUUCUAAGCUUGACUUGAGGUUAGGCUAUCAUCAAAUCAGAGUCAAACUAGAAGACAUUCCCAAGACUGCCUUCCGGACCCAUGAGGGACACUACGAAUUCUUGCCAAGAUGCAGAAACACACUUGGGCCACUUAAAGACCACAUUGGAGACCUUGAGGCAGCACCAAUUGGAGUAAGAGCUGAUCCCGAAAAGCUUAAGGCUAUGUUAAAGUGGCCUAAACCCCGGUCUGUCAAGGAACUCAGAGGUUUCCUAGGCCUUACGGGCUAUUAUAGGAGAUUUAUUAAGGAGUAUGGAGCCAUAGCUACCCACUUAACUGACCUCUUAAAAAAAGACAAGUUUAAUUGGAAUGUGAAGGCACAGGCAGCAUUUGAUAGCCUAAAACAGGCUGUUACACAGCCCCCGGUUUUGGGUGGGAGACCCAUAGCCUUUUUUAGCAAGGUAUUGAAGGGAAGGGCUGUCGGGAUGUCAACUUAUGAAAAAGAACUGUUUGCACUAGUUUCAGCUGUGCAAAAAUGGAGACCCUACCUAUUGGGUCAAGCCUUUGUGGUCAAAACUGACCAUCUAAGCCUCAAGUUCUUAUUGGACCAAAGGGUGGGAACUACCAUGCAACAAAAAUGGAUUUCGAAGUUAUUAGGUUAUGACUUUGUAGUUGAAUUUAAAAGAGGAAGGGAGAAUGUGGUAGUUGAUGCCUUGUCUAGGCAGAGGGAGGAUACUGAAGUGACAUUAUCAGUUAUCUCUUUACCUAGUUGGGACUGGAUAAAUGAGAUAAAAGGUCUAUAUGGGGAGGACUUAUAG